AUGAAAGUCACCAUCGUACUCAUCCUUUUGUCCUUUUUCGCUGCAGUUGCUCUUGCUCUCGUAGCAGACAAAAAACCCGUUAAUGAAGAAAAUGUAGACAAACGUACACCUCAUAGUUACGAGAACAAAUACGAAGACAAAUACGAAGACAAAUACGAAGACAAAUACGAAGACGAAUACGAAAAGAAGUACAAAUACGAAACAGACAAAUACGAAACGAAGAAAUACUACAAACGUACACCUAAUGGUUACGAGGACAAAUAUGAAGACAAAUACGAAGACAAAUACGAAGACAAAUACGAAGACGAAUACGAAACGAAGUACAAAUACGAAACGAAGAAGAAAUAUUAA